CGGUAUAUUACCUGAAGGAACGCUGUGAAUGAUGGGAGCAUCUCUGAUCCUACGGACAACUGCAAUAUUCCUCACUGUCACCCUACAAGUCAAAGCUGUGUUCUGUUUGACAACCAAAACUUUAUUGGAGGGUGAGAGCCUUGAGUUUAAAUGCCACUAUAAAGAUGGCCGUCAAAGUAGCGUUAAGUACUUCUGCUUAAUUGAUGGCAAAAGGCCCAUCAAACACCUGAUACGGGCCAAAGAACACAACAAGUGGGUGCGAGAAGGAAGAUUCUCUCUAUUCGAUAACACAAGCGGAGCCUUUUUCAUGGUCAGGGUGGACGUGCUGUACGCACAGGACAGCGGGUUGUACCGGUGUGGGGUGGACGCUUGCCUCACUCCAGACCUCAACGAUGUCAUACAACUAAAUGUCUCCAAAGGUGAACCACCACGAAUGGGGCCAAAAGUAUCACCUUCCCACUGUACUUGGAUCAAGGUGGUGCAAGCUCAGGUUCUCUUUCUGUCUUUAGAGCACAACCUGAUGCUGUUUAUGGCUGCAAUAGUGUGCACGGCUGCCCUGAUUUCAUCCGACUAUGAGACCAUGACGCCUGCUGUCAUUGGUGAAGCUGAAGGCCACGGCAGGAGUUUGAGUCUGGAGUGUAUCACUCAUCCUGACGCAGUAACAGUCGACCCCACAGUGGGACUUAGGGAGUCGUCUUCAGGCAGCCUCAACCUCAAUGAAUACCUCGAUUUAGAUCUCAACCUAUUGGAGGAGCAUGUCUACCAUAACAUCAGUAGAGAGAACCUUCCAUAG